AUGGCGGGAGGAAUGCAUUUUCUAAUUGGGAUUGCAACGGAUGAGUAUGUCAUUCUGGCAAGCGACAAGGCGACUUUCGCUUAUGGAGCUGUAUUGGCCGAUGACAGUGGGUUUUGAGU